AAAUAUAAAUACACAAUCUGGUCCCUGCAUAACUCACACGUGCUUCUGCGCAGAGUGCUGCCGCACACCUAUGCAGAGAUUACACACAGUCAUUCCAGACAAUUGAAGAUGUCAACAGAUAUGUGGGUAGGGUCUUGGAGACCUCAUAAAGCAAGAGGACCAAUCGCAGCAUUCUACAACAGUCCAGGGCCAAAAUACGCACUCCCUGGAGCCACAGGAAUUCAAUUUCAUGAUCCAAGGAAAUACAAAGCCCCUGCUGUUAGCUUUGGAACCCGUCACUGUUCAUAUUCUACUGACUGCUCGCCAGGCCCUGGGUAUCUAAUUCAACCGAACAUCACCCGGACAGGGAAGGAUGGGACUCCUAUAUACUCACUUUAUGGGCGUCCCAAAGACCUUAACCUCUUCCAAACCCCAGGACCAGGCCGAUACUCUCCAGAAAAAUCAGGGAAAUCAGCACAUUAUUCUGCCCCCGCUUACUCUCUGUCUGCACGGUCCAAAGGAUUUCGCAAUGACCAGACUCCUGGACCAGCAGCCUAUAUACUUCCAUCUGUGUUAGGACCCCGGACAGUGAACAAAACCUCUGCUCCCAACUUCACCCUGACUGGAAGGAGCAAGAUUGGGAGCUUCCAUGAGGACCUUCAGAAGACUCCUGGGCCUGGGACAUACAGAGUGAUCGACCCCUGUGCGUAUAAGUACAAGCCUCCUCAUUACAGCAUGACUGGACGCAAUAGCAUGCCAGGAGACACAACAAGGAAACCGGGGCCUGGAGCAUACAGUCCAGAGAGGGUAACCAUUGCAAGAGGCAAAGCUCCCAUCUACUCAUUUGGAAUCCGUCACUCGGAGUACGUGGCUCCGCUCAUUGUGGAUGUACUUGAUUAAAAACCACCUCCAGCACCUUUCCCAUCUUUAUAUCAGGCUACCGCAGUAGAGAUUGUAGUGUGGAUGAUCAUGUCAAUGUGUAGAUCAUUUGAAAGUAUCUCUUUUUUUCUUAAAUCUUCAAACUUUCCUUUGUUAUUGAAUUGCCUCACAUUAAGUCAAAAGUCACGAUCAUGCUCACAUUGAAACAAUCAGUUAUUAGGGAGGCUUCAUGUGAAGACAUUGCAAUAAAGCCAAAAAAUGCUAGACCACAGUUA